AUGCAGUUAAAAUUAGCUAGGACCCUUCCUAUAUACCGUUCAUCUGCAUACUUCAUUAUCAACAAAAUGAGCACAAACAUUUCUGACGAAGAAUGGAGAAAGAGGUUGCCCCCAGAAGUCUACCGUGUCGCUCGGGAGAAAGGAACUGAGCUGCCACAUUCUGGGAAAUAUAACAUGCAUUUCGAGGAUGGUCAAUAUGAAUGCGCUUGCUGUGGUUCCCUAUUGUUUAAGUCUGAAGACAAAUUUAAGUGCGGCUGUGGUUGGCCAGCCUUUUCGCGUGCUGCCGGCGCAUCCGAAUUGGGGGACGACUCAAGAGCAAAUAUCGAAAAAAUUGCAGACAACUCACUUGGAAUGGAGCGUACUGAAGUUAUCUGCAAAAACUGUAAGGCACACUUAGGUCACGUUUUUAAUGACGGGCCUGCACCUACGCAUACAAGAUACUGUAUCAACAGCGUUUCUCUCAACUUUGUACCUAAAUGA